CAUGGGCGUCAAAUGUGGAAAAUGUAACUAAGGUGCAAAAUUUUUAAAACAAUAAGUUAGUUUUAGCGUUAUUUAUAAUCUAAAUAACUCAAGUUGCUGUAAGGUUUGCUGAAAUGUUUGCUUUCCCACACAUUUACGAUUAAUAACGUCUGCAAAACCGAGAGGACGCGUAAUAAAACGAAGCUUUCUAACAGCCUCAUGGCACUGUCAGAAGAUGAAAGUUUCCCUGGUGAUAUUAAAAUGACACCUACUGAAGAAGAAGUGGGGUCGAAAGACGAGUGUGUCUCCAGAGUUUUAACCCAGGAGGAGCAGGAGAGAGUCGGCGGGGAGCGGGCUCUGGUGUCCGGCUUCAAACAGAUGAAGUUGGAGAAAGAAGCUCAGAAAAACUGGGACUUGUUUUACAAAAGAAACACAACAAACUUCUUCAAGGACAGACACUGGACCACCAGAGAGUUUGAAGAGCUCAAGGCUUGCAGAGAGUUUGAGUCCCAGAGGCUGGUGCUGCUGGAGGCGGGCUGCGGUGUAGGAAACUGCAUCUUCCCUCUGCUGGAGGAGGACCUCAACAUCUUUGUUUACGCCUGUGACUUCUCACCACGAGCUGUUGAAUUUGUCAAACAAAACCCUCUGUACUGCCCUGAGCGCUGCUGUGCCUUCCAGUGUGAUUUAACUAAAGAUGAUCUGAGGGAAAAUGUGCCCGAGGGCAGCGUGGACGUCAUCACUCUCAUCUUCGUCCUGUCGGCCAUCCACCCUGACAAGAUGAAGCUGGCUUUGCAGAACAUCAGCAGGGUGCUGAAGCCUGGAGGCAUCGUCCUGUUCAGGGACUACGGCCUGAACGACCACGCCAUGCUCCGAUUUAAAGCCGGCAGCAAGCUGGGGGAGAACUUCUACGUCCGCCAAGACGGCACAAGGUCCUACUUCUUCUCUAAAGAGUUCCUGGCUGAGCUGUUUGAGGACACGGGCCUCCAGUCUGUUUCUAACGACUACGUCCUGAGAGAGACGGUCAACAAGAAGGAGGGGCUUUGUGUUCCCAGAGUGUUCCUGCAGAGUAAAUUCACCAAGCCCGGGCGACCACAGAGCUCCUAAUGUCAUUCCGCCUGCGUCUGCCACCUUAUGAAUCUCCAAAGGUAGCAGAGAAAACUAAAGACUGAGAAAUGAUUAUAUUCUUUGGUGGAAUCGGUAGUCUAAAUGUUACCGAAGAGAGCUUGUGGCCUACACGCUGCUGGUUUGAAUCCUCUGGAACAUGAGGGAGGUGCAGGGGGGUAAGAUUAAUAAUGCCCCCUCCCAAUAAUCAGCUGCUGUCUCUUGCCCUUUGGCUCACUGACACAUUGAAGCUGCUCCUCCGCCAACAGACGGAGACAGUUCUUGGAAAUAUGUGGAACUAUGAAGCACAAAAAUGCCAACAGGGAUACGAUUGUUCAGCAAAGCCCUCAGCUGGAUUUUAGUGGCUCAGAUUAAUUUAAACUUAAUCAGCUUUUAACAUCAACAUGAGACAUUUCUUGGCUUCUCUGUGAGCCCUCAGACAUAUUUCUCCUGUGAGCAAGCCAGUAUUAUGAUUACCUCCAGUAUAAUUUCCCCUGAUAUUAAGUUCAAGAGAUCAUUUUUGAAUGUGGUGAGUUUUUAAUUUUGUAUAAAUUCCUUUUAAUGUUUUUCACCGUUUUAGCCUGUCUAUAUUAAAAAGAUUUGUUGCAA